AUGGCAACCUGUUAUAUGAGAAAAAAUCUGAUAACCCUUAUUCUAGCUGGAGUCCUUACUGAAGCUUUGUCCCGAAAUGUAAUGGCUCAAGAGUGUGGCUGUGACUCUGGCCUGUGUUGUAGCCAAUAUGGCUAUUGUGGCACCAGUGACGCUUACUGUGGGGCUGGAUGCCAAGAGGGCCAUUGUUAUACUACUAAUGGUGUUUCGGUACCUGAUAUUGUGACUGACGAAUUCUUUAAUGGGCUUCUUGACCAAGCAGACUCAAAUUGUGCAGGAAAAUACUUCUACUCGCGAGACGCCUUUCUUGAAGCUCAUAACUCGUAUUCUGAGUUUGGUGGAGACAAUUCAGUUGAUGAUUCCAAGCGUGAAAUUGCAGCAUUAUUUGCUAAUGUCGCACAUGAGAUUGCACAACUUUGCUAUAUAGAGGAGAUCAAUGGUGCCUCACAAGACUACUGUGAUUGGAGCAACACACAGUAUCCUUGCAACCCUAAUGAAAAAUACUAUGGCCGUGGACCACUUCAGCCAAGUUGGAAUUAUAAUAUUUAUAGGGCGGCAGGUAAUGACAUUGGAUUCGAUGGAAUAAACCAACCUGAUACGGUGGCCACAGAUCCAGUUAUUUCAUUCAAGACUGCAUUGUGGUUUUGGAUGACACUACAUUCGAUUUUAGGUUUAGGGUUUCGGUCGUCAAUCUAG